ACAAGACCGUGCAACAUUACCAAGGCAGAAUCACAACAACAAGAAGUCGUCAUCGUGUGAGGGUCUGGAGGUGACACAUUGUCCUCAUCCCCUCAGGAAAGUCAUGGACGUGGAAUUACCCACCGAAUAUGACGUGAUUGUGGUGGGCACAGGGUUGAUAGAAUGCAUUGUUGCAGCAGCUUCAGCUAGGAUUGGGAAGAAGGUCCUACAUAUCGAUCAAAAUGACUAUUAUGGAGGAAAAUGGUCUUCCUUUACUCUACAAGGGAUUGAGCAAUGGAUUGGGGGCUUGGACAAGGGUGCUGUCAAGGAUAACAAAGAGAAGUGCGAGUUAGAUGAUGGAGAAAAGGCUGUACCUACGUGUGAUCCCAAUCGGGGAUACUCCAAAAUCAAACAGGAUUGGCAUAUUCCGAAGAAUGAAGAGGUGCCAUCCAGUGCUGAACCUGUGGAACCAGCAGCAGAAGCAGCUGCCGAGAAAGCUGAGGAGGCGAAACCAGCUGACGAAGCGAGUGAAGCCGAGGGGGGCGCCAAGCCUGAGGCCGACGCAGAGACACAGAAGGAGAGAAAGAAGUGGUCGCAAGAGGCUCUGAUGAAACUGACAAGAAAAUUCAACUUAGAUCUGACCCCAAAGUUGCUGUAUUCACGUGGUGCUCUUGUGGAACUUCUAAUUUCAUCAAAUGUUGCAAGAUAUGCAGAGUUCAAGUGCAUCACUCGAAUUCUGACCUGGCAUGGCUCCUCUUCGGAUGAGGAGAGUUUGGUCAUGGUGCCCUGCUCGAGAAGUGAUGUCUUCACAGCCAGUAGCAUUUCUUUGGUAGAGAAACGUCUGCUUAUGAAGGUACUGGAGUCGUGUCAGAGCUAUGAUCAACAUCCUGAGCAGUUUGAAGAGCAUAACGACAAGCCCUUCAUAGACUUCCUUAAGUCUCGCCAGCUGACUGACAACCUUAUUCACUAUGUAACGGAAUCUAUUGCCAUGGUGCCGAAGGACUCAACUUGCCGUGAGGGGCUGGAGAAGAUGAAGCUCUUCCUCUCCAGUUUAGGAAGAUAUGGAACGACUCCCUUCCUCUUUUCCAUGUAUGGAUGUGGGGAACUUCCUCAAGCUUUCUGCAGACUUUGUGCAGUGUUUGAAGGCACAUACGUACUGAGGAGGGGUGUCUCAUCCAUUGUAUUUAAUGCAGAAGGCAAAUGUGCGGGGCUAAUUUCCGAAGGACAGCGUUUUAGGUGUUCUAACUUGGUAAUGGAUGUUGACUAUGCGCCCCAGAAUUAUGCUCCAGCCAAGAAUGUAUCAACAAAACAAUGUAUAUCAAGAGCAAUCUUCAUUACAGACAAGUCAAUCAUGCCAAAUGAAAAGGAGCAGCUGACUUUCCUGCGCUUCCCAGCCAAGAAUGGGAACACUAAGCCUAUCAAUGUGUUGGAGAUUGGGAGUGGAUCAGGAGUGUGCCCUAAAGAUCUUUAUUGCAUUCACAUGACAUGCCUUGGAUAUGAUGCUGAGGAGGAUUUCAAAUCCUCAGUAAAGAAACUGUUUACUACAGAUGAGGACUCGGAUAAACCAAAGAUUUUGUGGUCUUUAUACUUCAAUCAAGAGGACUUCUCGGGUGUCGACCUCUCUUCAUGUGGCACCUCCAACCUACAUCUUUGCUCAGGACCUGACUCACAGCUGGAUUAUGAUUCCGCUAUUUCUCAGGCACAGUCAGUGUUCUCGCAAAUGUUCCCGGAGGAAGAAUUCUUGCCCCGUGCCCCAGACCCAGAGGAGAUUGUCUUUGAUAAUGCUGGAGCAGAGCCCAAAGAGGGUGAUAACUUCGAGAGUAAACCAGAAGAUGCUGAAGACGCUAAGGGAGAAGGUGGAGAAGCUGCGGAGAAACCAAGCGAGGAGUAGAAGAAAGUUGCUUCACGUCAGGGGUCGUCUCUCCUCUCCCAGUUCUUAAUGUUCUGAGCCAAAGCCUCACACCAGCAUGGUCAAACAUCAUACAUGUUGUAGAGCUACUUGUGCCUCAGUGAUUAUUUAUUGAUACUUUAUCGCCAGGCUGUGUGAAUAGUUGGUAAAUUACCUUGUACAUCAUUCCUGUAUCGGCAUUAACACUUAUAAUGUAUUUUCCUAAAUCGUGUUAGUGACUUGGUUAUUUAUGAUAUUGUAAUUUUCAUUUGUGCACUCAUACACCUUUCAAGCAUCUUUUUUUCUUAUUUGUUUUCUUUCUUAAUGAGAAAGGAUGCUUUGUAAAAGAUUCUUCAGUGUAGUGUAAAAUUUUUAUUUUAUUUUUUAUGUUUGAUGUUGGCAUGAUAAUUCAGAUAGAUGUAAAACUCUUUCAUUUUUUACAAUGAUUAUAGGACAACAUAUCAGAUUUAAACAAACAAACUUACAUACACAUACAUAUAUACAUAUAUACACAGGACAAGCACACAUACACAUGCAAAAAAAAAAAAAAAAAAAAUCAUGCACAUACAUAUAUAUAUGCCACACAUACACAUGCAUAUACCUUUACGGAAGCUUUAAAGUAGAAGUCAUCUGUUGAAUUCAGGUUGUCAGUGUUUGCUCUGUAUCUUAUUUACAAGUUACUUAAUCUACCUUGGGAUUUCACAUUGAUGAACAAGUGGUAUUCCCAAUGUUCAGGCAUUUUCAUAUUUUUUAUUCAGAGUACACAGUUGAAGCACCAUUCCAGGUAAUUUUAAUAGUAUUGCAUGAGAGGUUUCACAUACUCACUUUCUUUAGGGUUGCUUGAUUAAAAAAACACAACAUACAAGUGUGUGUAAUUUUCAUUUAGCACAUUAACAGGUUUUAGUGAUGUUACUUUUUUCCAUAGGGAGUAUGAAAUGAUGUUACACUAUAUGAAAUGAUCAUUAUCCUGCUAUCCAUAUAUGUUAAAGAGUAGGUGGUGUCUUGUGAUAAAUAUAUUAAAAAUCACUAAUACAUUUAAUUCACGAAAGGUAUACAAGCAUUCGGAAAUGGUUUAUGUUUUGCUAUGAUUGUUAAAGAUGAGCAGAGACCAUUAUAUCUGUCUAGCACAUGCAAUGCCUUGUCGACACAGGAUUUCCAUUAUGAAAUAGUAUAUAAUAAAUUUUCUUCAAACUG